AUGGACAGUUUUCAAUGGAGAAUGGAAAUUUCGUUCGAAGAGAUAACUAAUUUCACAAAAUUUUUGGAAAAUGAAAAGAUCGUCAAGUUUUUGGAAGCAGAUUCAUGUCAUCGAUAUUCGGAUAAAUAUCUUCUCGCGACGACGCUGAUUUAUGCAAGCAGAACGAAAAGAAAUCCGCUUACCAUUGACGAUUUUUAUUGCUUACUGUAUCUGGCGAAUGAUAUGGAAGAGGACAUAGAAUUCAAGAACGAAAUUCUCCCGUGGUGCCUUGGAAGCGACUGGGAAAAACGCUGGCGCGAGUUCAACCUUCGAAAGGAACAUCUCUGGAAGAAGAUGGGCUACCGCGCUCUCGUGCCGCUAGAACUUCUCGAAGAAAUCAUCUUCUACGGCGAGUUUUGUCAACAAAGCUGGGUCUGGAAACGAGUCAGGCACAACGAUCACGGUGGUGCUAUCAGAGAUCAUCAUCGACCAAAAUGCGAAAACAUCAUCAGCCCUCGUGGCCCAAGAAGAAGCCCGAUGGGCUGUCAUUAUCCAAAACAUUCCUCAGAGCUCAAACGAACUUCAAUUUCCGCUUCAUCCGGCUAUUUUACGGACUCUUCCGACGAAAAAGGAGGAAAAGGCGGAAUUUUCGGCGAUAUUUCCAUUCUUUCCGAAGACUACAACGAAGAAAAACUUUGA